CAUUUAUUCAACAAAUAUACAUCUAGCAGCAGCUAGGUGCCAGAUCCUGGGAAACAAGUCUGCUUAGAUGGAAUUUCCCUUGUACCACAAAGGUGAAAAACAAGAACCAAAGGGGGAGGGAAAAUCCUGAGGGAGCCAGCUGAGAAACUAAAAUCACUGAACAAGGUUAGAAAAGGAAGGAGCAAGCGCUUGCUGGCUCUUUCAUGAGAGAAGCACAUUUUUUUGGUUUUUUGUUUUACUGUUUCAUUGUUUCCCCCAAUAUUUCAUAAUAAGUAUCCUCCAACACGCACGCAGAAAAGCCGAAAGAAGGUGCACACCACGUUCCCCAACUAGAGCCUGUCCCGGGUAUUUCACUGCCGGAAUUGCAUUUUUAAACAGGAAGUUUCUCCCAGGGCUGUUCUGAGCACUUUUGGGACUUUUCCCAAGGACGCAGCAGCUGCCGCUCCCCCAGGCCUGGAGGACGGGCCGGGGGCCUGCUAGGGAGGACAGGGCGCUGAGCCCCAGUGUGGCUGUCACUAAUCUGCCAGGGCAGGGAUGGGGCAUCGGGGCCGCUGUGCCGAGCCCAGGACCCGGGAGGAGCCCUCGCCACUCCGGCGGCCGGAUCCCCGGGGCGCACCUCCAGCCCGCCUGGACCCCGCUUUUCCUGAGCCCGGAUCUGGGGCGAGAUGGCCGCAGGCUGCGGGGCGCCUGAGCCCCGCGUCCUCCUCUGCCUCGGGGCGCUCCUGGCUCCCUGGGUUGCCGCAGGACUGGAGGCUGUUAUCGUCGGCGAGCUUCACGAGAACGUUACUCUGCACUGUGGCAACAUCUCGGGCCCCAGGGGCCUGGUGACCUGGUACCGGAAUGACUCGGAGCCCGUUCUGCUGCUGUCUUCCAACGCGAGCCUCAUGCCAGCGGAGCCUCGCUUCUCUCUGGUCAACGCCAGCUCCCUGCACAUCGAGGUGCUGAGCCUGCAGGAUGAAGGCAACUAUACCUGCCAGGAGCUGCGGAACGGGACGCGGUGGUUCCCAGUGUGGCUGCAGGUGGCCAGUGGCCCUGACCACGUGGAGGUCAACAUCUCAGCCGCCGGCACACUGGCCAAUGGCACCCUCUACGUGGUCAAGGGCUCCCAGGUCGACUUCAGCUGCCGCAGCAGCGCACAGCCCCCGCCUGUGGUCGAGUGGUGGUUCCAAGGCCAUUCCAGGCCCGAGUCCUUCGGAAGCAACUUGACGGUCAACUGCUUCACGCUGCUAUUGAUGUCGCAAAACCUUCAAGGGAACUACACCUGCCUGGCCACCAGCACGCUGAGCGGGAGGCAGCGCAAGGUGAUCACCGAGCUCCUGGUCUACUCGCCCCCACCGUCGCCUCCGCAGUGCUCGGCAGAGAUGUCUUCGGGAUCCUCCUCGGCACUGCAGCUCACCUGUCGCUGGGAUGGGGGAUACCCUGACCCUAACUUCCUGUGGACAGAAGAGCCAGGAGGGGCGAUUCUGGGGACAUCAAAGCUGGGGGUGGAAAUGCUGAACCGGUCCCAACUUGGGGAUGGCAAGAAGUUCAAAUGCGUCGGGAGCCACAUCGUGGGGCCGGAGUCGGGAGCCAGCUGCGUGGUGCAGAUUCGGACCCCCUUCCCUUUCUCUGAGCCCAUGAAGACUUGCUUUGUAGGGGGCAACGUGACGCUCACCUGCCAGGUAUCUGAAGCCAACCCCCCUGCCAAGAUCCAGUGGCUGAGGAACCUGAGCCAGCCCGAAGUGGUCAUCCAGCCCAACAGCCACUACGUCAUUGCCCAGGAUGGCCAGAACUCUACCCUCACAAUUCGCAACUGCUCCCAGGACCUGGACGAAGGCUAUUAUGUCUGCCGGGCUGAGAACCCCGUGGGGGUGAGAAAAGUGGACAUCUGGCUGGAUGUGAAAGAGCCUGUGAACAUUGGUGGCAUUGUAGGAACCAUCGUCAGCCUCCUGCUGUUGGGACUGGCCAUUAUCUCAGGGCUUGUGUUGUAUUAUAGUCCUGUGUUCUGCUGGAAAGUAAGAAGCACUUUCAGGGGACAAGACAUGGGUGAUGUCAUGGUUUUGGUGGAUUCAGAAGAGGAAGAGGAAAAUGAACAGGAGCAUGCGGCAGAAGAGGUGGAAGAGGAGGAAGAAGAGGCCGAGAGAGAGGAAUUGCCAAAAGAAACGAAGAAGUAUGGCCACAUUCACAGAGUGACUGCAUUGGUGAAUGGAAACUUAGAGCAGAUGGGCAAUGGGCUCCAAGACCUACAAGAUGACAGCAGUGAGCAGCAGAGUGACAGUGUUCAAGAAGAGGACAGGCCGGUGUGAAGAAGACUUGCCCAUCACUGUCUUGUCUUGGAAGCUCCGCUGCAGAUGAGCUCUUCAUCCGCUUUGCCUUGACUUGCAGCCCUGCCCAGGAACUUGCAUUAGCAACAGCCGGGGUCCCUCAGCCAACGAGAAAAACAAGCACACAUCUUUCCUUGCAUUUAAAAGCAAAACUGGUUUGACUUUGCUGUAAGUUUGCUCAGUAGUGCCCAAAGCUUCAGGAAGGAGUGGCCCACGUGGGAAAGCGGCAGCUGGCCCUGAAGGUUCCAUCUGGCUGUGGCUGCUGGCCCUCCGCAGGCUGACUGAGUGUGGUAAACACUGCCGUGGACAGAGCAGUUCAGGGGAAGCGCUUGGUCUUCGUGCCCUUUGCCACUCGUUGAAGCUUUGUAACCAGCUUGUCCCAGGACUGUCAGAAGACAGGAGCUUCUUUUAUCUCUGCCCAGGUGAGCUUGCAACCAAGGAAAAAACAGGCAGAUGGCAGCUCCCUGGGAAAGGUGAGGAGGUGUCACCUACCAGUGCAGGCCAGAGGAAGGUGUCUGGGGCAGGCUUCGGAGUCAGAAACGCUAUGCUUGACUCUAUCCCUGACCCUUGUUUGUCCUGAGGGCUCCGGCAUGUCACUGUACUGCUUGUGGAGCUCAGCUUGCUCAUGUGCGAAGCAGGCGACAGCAGUGCUCCUGGUGCCAGGCUUGUGGUAGGGGUAAAAGGAGGUAAUUUUGGAUGUAAAAGUGCCUUGGAGGGGCUCGAUAGAGGUGAGUUGCCUUCUUUGUCUUCCCUAGUGGAAGAAGAAGAAAAA